AUGGCGCAGUCGGACGUGCUGCUCACGCGGCAGCCGGCGCCGCAGACGGUGCCGGCCUGCGAGCUGCCCCGCAAGGAGCCCGCGCUGGCCUGCAACACGGGCGCGCACACGUCCGCGGGGCUGGCCACCGCGGGCUUCCGCACGGCGCGGUACCUGCUGGACGAGUGGUUCCAGCUGGGCUACGCGCGCUACCACCAGGCCUUCGCCGCCCGCGACGGCUCCGAGCGCCAGCGGCGGGAGAGCGCGCAGCUGGCGGCCGAGGCCGAGGCGCUGGCGCGGCGCACGCAGCAGGACGCCACGCGCGCCGUGGGCGAGCGGCUGCGGGACGCGCACGGCUGGGCCGAGGAGCUGCGGCGCGCGGCGGCGGGGCUGCGCGCCGAGACCGAGCUGCUGCUGGCGCAGAAGCGGCGGCUGGAGCGCGCGCUGGACGCCACGGCCGUGCCCCUGUCGCUGGCCACCGACGGCCUGCAGAGCCGCGAGCGCCGCCAGCAGCCGGACCUGGUGCGGGACCGCGUGGAGGUGGAGCUGCUGCAGGAGGCGGAGCUCAUCCGCAACGUUCAGGAGCUGCUCAAGAGAACCAUCCUGCAGGCCGCCAACCAGAUCCGGCUGAACCGGGAGCACAAGGAGACGUGCGAGAUGGACUGGUCAGACAAGGUGCAGGCCUACAACAUCGACGAGACCUGCGCCCGCUACCACAACCAGAGCACCGACGUGCAGUUCCACCCGCACUCCACCAAGCUGGAGGAGAGCGCCUCCACGCCCGAGUCGUGGGCCAAGUUCACCCAGGACAACCUGCUCCGCGCCGAGCGCGAGCGCCAGGCCUCGGCCGACCUGCGCGCGCUGGUGGACUGCAUCCUCACGGACGUGGCCGCGGACCUGCAGCUGCAGGGCGACGCCGUGGCCUUGGCCUUCGGGCAGCGCUGCGAGGAGCUGGAGGACGCCAGCCACAAGCUGCGGCACCACCUGAGCAAGACGCUGCGCGAGAUCACGGAGCAGGAGCACAGCAUCGCGGCCCUGAGGCAGGCCAUCAAGGACAAGGAGGCGCCGCUGCGCGUGGCCCAGACGCGCCUGUACCAGCGCUCGCACCGGCCCGGCGUGGAGCUGUGCCGGGACAACGCCCAGUUCAGGCUGGUGAGCGAGGUCGGCCAGCUGGACCUGGCGCUGUCGGCGCUGCGGGAGAAGCUGCUGGAGGCCGAGCGGUCGCUGUGCGCCCUGGAGGACACGCGCAGGAGCCUGGAGAAGGACCUCGCGGUCAAGGCCGACAGCCUCUUCAUCGACCGCCAGAAGUGCCUGGCGCUGCGCGCCCGCUACCCCCCCGCCUCCCGGCUGGCCGGCUACGAGUGA